CUACAAUCUGACGAAGAUAAUAAAUGACUUUACAUGACUAAUCUAAUAUAAAAUAAGACACUGAUUGUCACGUUUGUUUCAUAUGAAAAGGACCUUCAAGUACUAGAUAUCUGUAAAGGUGCUACGACCUUUGCGAUAACUUAAAGAUGCUGAUUAAAUGCAUACUUGCGGUGUGCAUUUCUGUUGCUGUUUCAGAAACAAUUGACUGUACAGGACAACAUCGAUACAGCGCCACUGGCACGGGAUAUUACCCAGCUGAUGAUCCAAUUGAAGGAGGAUUUUUAGACAGACAAGGACAUCCAUUACACACACUUCAAGACUUCCUGGAUGGUAAAGCGUCAUGGGUUAGUGUUGCAAUGGACAGAUACUUACAUUUAUCUUAUGGAACGCAUGUUUGCAUCCCACAAUUGAACCAUAAAUAUCACAGAGUUAUUCCUUUCAGGGUUGUUGACACAGGGUCUGCAUUCAGUCAUAAAGGAUAUGGUAGAAUUGAUAUUUGUACCAGAUCACAACAUGAUUCUUACGACAACACAAUCAAUGGGCAUUUAACAUUGGUAUUUCAUUGACCGAUUGAAUAAAGUGUAAUGGAGAAACA